ACCAGUUCAAUUUCAGCAGAAGCUUACGUUGGACGUAUUUGCGACGCGUUGUUGCGGAGUUCUGUUUAACACCUGAUUAAAAAGUAUACGUAAAUAGUUGAUCGAAACUGUUCUUAUCUCGCUAGAAAAAUGAGAUUAGUGUAUCUAUUUUGCAUUUUCCUGACUAUAGCAGUCUGCAGCAUUGCGAGAAAUGAUGCUGCUCCAACAAAUGAAGAGAAUAUACCUGCGAACAACAGUCAGGUAUAUACUGCUGCAGAACCUGGAAAACCUGUAACUUCAGGAAAUCCUACUGCAGUUACUCCCAAUGCUUCUAUAAAUAUAAGUAAUAUUACUAUCGCUAGCUCUGAUGUUAAAACUACCAAUGCUACUAAAAAUAAUGAUUCCAAGAUAACUACUUCUUUACCAACAAUUCCAACGAAACCAACAACUACGACUACAACAACUAAAAUACUACCAACUACAUCUAAUAAACCUUCCGAACAACCAAUAACUACUACUAUUAGUACCACUACUAGUAAACAGACUACCGUUUCACCAACAUCUGUUACAACAGCAAUUCCAAUAUCAACAAAGGAAGCUCCACCACACAAAGAACGGCAGUUUGAUGGUCUCAGUUUCGUAGGUGGCAUCAUUUUAAUCAUAUGCUUGAUGGCAAUUGGUAUAUUCUCCUACAAGUUCUACAGAACAUUGAACGAAAGAAACUACCGUACGCUAUGAUGGUGAGGAGGUCAUCGUCUCAAAAAAUUCGCACGCGUAUUGUGAUUGCGAAUGCGAUUGCGAGAACGAAAAGCUAAUUAAACGUGAAAAGCUGGAGUGGAAGGGGAAAGUACAGAACCUAAGGGCGUGAAAAAGAAAGGGAGAGAAAAUCUGAACGUUACCAUGCGUAUGCGCAGUUCGCGCAUGAAUGUUGACGACCAAUCAAACAUACAUUCCAUUAAGAAGAUUAAUUUGACGAGAUAACGAUCAACAUAUUACGUUCGAUUUGAUUUCGUAAAAUAUAUUUUUUAUUUUCAUCCUUUUUUUUUAUUUCGUUAACGAAUGUACUUCGUACAUAAAAGUAUAACGGUUACAUUAGCAUAAGAUCAUCAAAAUGUACACAGAUAUGAAGGUUCCUAUGUGUAUAUUUAUAGAAAAAUUAAAAACAUGAGAAUAGAGAAUUAAUCGGUUAAGACAGAGUUUUGGGAAAUGGCUGUAAAGGAUGCCGAUUUCGAGAAUUCAAAGUACUGGAUGUUCUCUAAAUGCAGACUAUCGUCCCUGCGGAGAUAAUAUUUAGCAUUUAAAUUUGGGCGAUAGCGAGGGCGGUGGUGCUCCGUGUCGCUCGAAGAAACGUGACGUUCGUGUGUAUAAAGUGUAGUCGCUCCUGUGGACGACUUUACCUUGUAGUAACGUUGACGUGGAAUUUUCAUAGAAUUCAUCAGUGAGAUGAAGCUUCGGAAUCUCGACCUUUGUACCUGUUGAAACACGAUAGAUGUGUAAUGGUUGACGAAAAUUGAAAGGGUUUCAGCAUACCACAAAUCGAACAUGCUGCUUAAUAUUUUGUUGUGAAGGGUUUCAGUUACGUUGUUCAUUUUUUGUAAAUCUUUAACAUCAGCGGAGUAUAAUAAAACUUUAUUUUGAAUAGUUUGUUCUCGAAAA